UACUUGUUUCCGAGGCGACGGCUCCGGCAUCACUCCCUCCUGGUGGCUGGAGUUGGGACACUGGAAAGCAAUUUGGAGGACAGGAUACUUCUCGACGGCGGCCGCCGCCACAGCGACUCGUGGGGAGCAGUAAACGAAGACGGCCGCCACCACACUAGCCACUAUGUGUGGAAGAUAAGCGGCCGAUACCGUCAUCGCGGGGCCGAGUCCUGAGAAAGCGUUGAAGACCAAGGAUAUUUUCGUAGCGAGGACAGGGAAGGAAAACGUGAAGACGGCGACCGCCGCUGGAGGGUUUUCUCAGGAAAAUGGCCCAUGGGUGAACGUGAGUGAAGACCGCCGCCACAGCAGGGGCCUGGACUCAGCUCUGCUCACCAUGCCUGAGGUGGCCAAUUCGGGCCCCUCCACUUCCUCUAGGGAGACUGCAAAGUCGUGUUCCAGGAAGAAGGUGAGUCUCGGUAGCAUCCAUGAUGCAGUACGAGCCGGAGAUAUAAAACAGCUUUCAGAGAUGGUGGAACGUGGAGCCAGCAUUAAUGAAGUUGAUGUUCUCCAUAAGUUUACUCCUUUACACUGGGCAGCACAUUCUGGAAGUUUAGAGUGUCUUCAUUGGCUGCUCUGGCAUGGAGCUGAUAUCACACAAGUAACUACAAGAGGCUGGACAGCAGCUCACAUAGCUGCAAUCAGGGGUCAAGAUGCUUGUAUGCAGGCUCUUAUAAUCAAUGGAGCAAAUCUGGCAACUCAAGAUGAUCGUGGAUGUACUCCUGUACACCUUGCAGCAACUCAUGGUCAUUCUUUCACUUUACAAGUAAUGCUUCGAAGUGGAGUGGAUCCUAGUGUGACUGACAAGAGAGAAUGGAAGUCUGUACAUUAUGCAGCUUUUCAUGGGCGGCUUGGCUGCUUACAACUUCUCAUCAAAUGGGGAUGUGGUAUUGAAGAUGUGGACUACAAUGGAAAUCUUCCAGUUCACUUAGCAGCCAUGGAAGGCCACCUUCACUGUUUUAAAUUCCUACUCAGUAGAAUGAGCAAUGGCAUACAAGCUUUAAAAGCCUUUAAUGACAAUGGAGAAAAUGUUUUGGACCUGGCCCAGAGGUUCUUUAAGCAAAAUAUUUUACAGUUUAUCCAAGGGGCUGCAUGGGAAGGAAAUAACCCAGAAGAUCAGGAAAUUUUAGCAUUUCCAGGUCAUGUGGCUGCCUUUAAGGGUGAUUUGGAAAUGCUUAAGAAAUUAUUAGAAGAGGGCAUAAUCAGUUUUAACGAGCGUGACGAUAAUGGAUCAACUCCAAUGCAUAAAGCUGCGGAACAAGGCCACAUAGAAUGUUUGCAGUGGCUAAUUAAUAUGGGAGCAGACAAUAAUAUUACCAACAAAGCAGGAGAGAGACCCAGUGAUGUAGCUAAGAGAUUUGCCCAUUUGGCAGCAGUAAAACUAUUAGAAGGGGUGCAGAAAUAUGAUAUAGAUGAUGAAAAUGAAAUUGAUGAAAAUGAUAUGAAGUUUUUUGUAAGGCAUGGUGUCGAGGGAAGCACUGAUGCCAAGGAAGAUUUAUGUUUGAGUGAGUCGGAUAAAACAGAUGCCAGAAUGAGAGCUUAUAAGAAGAUUGUAGAAUUGAGACACUCCCUGGAAAUUGCUGAGAGCAACUACAAACAUUUGGGUGGGAUAACAGAAGAGGAUCUAAAGCAGAAGAAAGAACAACUUGAGUCUGAAAAGAUCAUCAAAGAGCUACAAGGCCAGCUAGAAUAUGAACGACUACGUAGAGAAAAAUUAGAAUGUCAACUAGAUGAGUAUCGAGCAGAAGUGGAUGACCUCAGAGAAACAAUAAAGAAAAUUCAGGUCCCUAACUUAGUGGCUACGGAAGAUGACUCAGGUGGCAGCACCGAGGACCAUGUGGGCCCUGGGACCUACCAGGUCCCACUCCUGAAGCAAAGGGCGGCAGAUGGCUAUGCACCAUUUCUUUCUUUGACUGCCAGAGAAAGUACUUUUACUGUUUUCUCCACUAUUGAAGAAGAUGUCCCAGGUCCAGGACACUAUAAUGUUUCAGAAGCACAGUGUAAUAUAAAAGGAGGCCAUAGUCUACAAAACUGAGAGAAGCGUUUUAAGAAGUUUAUUUCAGAUAACCCAGGACCUGCAAGUUAUGGACAGUCUUAUUGUGGAACACUAGAUAUCCUGAAGAGAAAAAUACUAGAAUCUAAAGAGCAUCUUCAAUCAAAAAUUUCAAGAAUACCUACUGUUACCAGAAAUGUAGAUAUUCCUUCAAUUCCUUCUUGUGGACAGUCAUAUGGUUAUCAUACUAAUGAAGAUGGCAGAAUUAUAAAAUGCUUUCCACCUGCAAAUGAUAGCACGCUAGGACCAGCAUACUACAAACCUCAAUUUGAUGUUUCCAUUGCAACUUUGAAAUACAAAGGUAUACAUUUUGGCAACACUUCAGGAAGAAAAGAGUUACCUAAAAAAUUAGGUCUUGGUCCUGGACAGUAUGAAAUAGUCAAGUAAGGAAGGAAAAGACAUUACAUUAUGACAAUAUUAAUAUCAAGAAAGAUCAACAGCAAGAGUAUUGCUCAAAUAUCCCACGAUUUUAUGAAGCAAUAGAAUUGCAAGAGGAAAAAAGUUGCCAGUUUUUCAGUGAAGUUCUUCAAAGAGGAAAAAACAUGUUUCAAGAGAGAUGAGAGGAAAGGAUUGAAUAAAAAGAAGUGGACAAAAUUAUGUGUGGGGAAAAGAGGCUGAAAAUACUUAUUGCUUAAACAAGGAUUCAGUAUAUUUUGGAGCACAUACUGUCUUCAAAUGUAACUGUAAACUAGUUUGUACUGUUAUAAUUGAUUUUUGUAUUCUAAAGUCAUAUUCAAGGUAAAUCUUAAGAACUAUGUAAAAUAAAUAAACCUACUUGGAAAAAAAACCCAAUGUAUAUAUGUAUAUGUAUCUUCUCAACAUAGUACUGUACUUAGUGAUGAAAAAUUCAGAGUAGAAUGCUUGUUUUUUUUUUUUUUGGUACCUGGGAUCAAAC